AUGGAGCUCCUGUUCACUUUUGUCUCAGAGCUCUCAGGAAGAUCCACAUUUUGUCAACAGAGAGAGGAGUACCAGAUCCUGCAAGGCAUCAAGGCCCGUGGUUCCUCAUCGCCCAUCUUCUGCCCACACUCGGUCACUGUUCGAGCACGAGUCAUCAUGCCUGGUCAUCAUAUGAGUGAGCCGUGGAAGCCUGAGGAAGACUUUCCGUACCCAAUUGAGAUCCCGGACUUGGUGGCGGAGGAGCUGUUCUGGGCUAUCCAACCUGAAGAUGGGAGCUCCAGCAUCCGAGAUGAAGAGGGUCCAAACACUGAGGGAGGCCCUGAAGAUGAUGCUGAUUCCUUGCUCCACAAAGCACUGCGUUCGAAGACGAUGGAAAUGGUUGAGUUCCUGCUCCUGAAGUAUCUUGCAAAGGAGCCAACCACAAAGGCAGAAAUACUGAGUAGUGUCAUCAAAGAGCACCAGGACCACUUUCAUGAGAUCUUCAGUGUGGCCACCGAGCGUAUCCAGUUGGUUUUUGGUAUUGUGGUGGAAAUGGACCCCAGUGCCCACACCUAUUUCCUGGUCACUGCCUUGGGGCUCACCUAUCAUGGGAUGGUGAGCGAUGGGCACAGAUAUCCCAACACAGGCCUCCUGGUCACACUUCUGUGUGUGAUCGCCUCAGAGGGUGAUUGUGCCCCUGAGGAGAAAAUCUGGGAAGCACUGAGUGUUUUAGGGGUAUAUGAUGGGAAGGAGCAUUGGCUCUAUGGGGAUCCCAGGGAGCUCAUCACCAAAGUUUGGGUGCAGGAACAGUACCUGGUGUACCGCCAGGUACCCAAUACCAAUCCUGCACGCUAUGAGUUCCUGUGGGGCCCCAGGGCCCACGCUGAGACCACCACGGUGAAAGCCCUCCAGUUUGUGCACACGGUUAAUCACAGGGAUUCCCAUUUCCUCCCAUGCCUGCCUGAAGGGCCUGAGUGCAAUGAGAAACACUAUGCCUGA